AUGACAUCCCAAACCAUCGCAGGCAAAAAAUUACAUCAAAUAGUCGACGCAUUACGAUAUAACACGUUAAUCACCGAACUAGUUCUUAUACACUGUCAAAUUUCAGACCAAGGAACGCAAUAUCUUGCUGCUACAUUACGGUACAACAGGACACUCACCGCACUAAAUCUUCUAGGCAAUCUUAUCGGAGCUCCAGGAACCAAAUACCUUGCUGAUGCAUUACGAUAUAACACGAAGCUCGCUACACUAAAUCUCCACUACAAUCCAAUUGGAGAAAAAGGAGCAAAAUAUCUAGCCGAUGCAUUACCAUAUAAUACGACACUCACCAAAUUAAUUCUUGAUACCAAUGAACUUGCAGAAAAAGGAGCAUACCAUUUAGCUAAUGUAUUAAGAAAAAACAAAGCACUCACGACGCUUGAUCUUAAAUACAAUCAAUUUGCAGAUAAAGGAGUACAAUAUCUGGCUGAUGGCUUGCGAGAUAACAAGACACUCACCACACUAAACCUCCAAAUCAAUUGGUUUUCAAAUCAAGGAGCACGAUAUCUAGCUGAUGCAUUACGAUAUAACAUGGCACUCACUACGCUACAUCUCGAAAGCAAUCAAAUCGGAGGUGAAGGAGCACAAUAUCUAGGUGAUGCAUUACGAUAUAACACGAAACUCACCACAUUAAAACUUUACGGCAAUGAAAUCGCAGACCAAGGAGCAAAAAACAUUGGGGAUGCAUUACGAUAUAAUACAACACUUACCACACUAGAUCUAAGGAGCAAUAAAAUAGCAAACGAAGGAGCACAAUAUAUAGGUGAUGGAUUACGAUAUAACACAAAACUCACGACGCUAGAUAUAAGUAACAAUGAAAUGGGAGGCCAAGGAGCAAAAUACCUAGGUGAUGGGUUACGAUAUAAUACAGCACUUACCACGUUAGAUCUAAGUACCAAUGCACUAGGAGGCCAAGGAGCACAAUAUAUAGCUGAUGGAUUACGACAUAACACAGUGACACCCAUUAUUUUUGUUACAUUUAGUGGAACCAACUAUAUUCCUUACAUAGAUUCUCAUCACAUUGAAUCUAAGCUGCAAUAA